GGCGUGUCUGUCUGGUCACUCGAGAAAAAUAUUUAGAGAGAGAGAGAGAGAGAGAGAGAGAAGAAUAUUUUGGUUCAAGGCCCACAAAUACAUGUAAUCAUCAAAAUCAUGCGAGAGAGAGAGAGAGAGGAGGAGACAAAGGUAAAGUGAAGAUAAAGGAGUCGAGGAGAGACAACCCAUUUGAUGCAUCUCUUUCUCUUCCUUUCUUGUGUUUUGGCUUUACUCUUCUUCUUUUGAAAUUCCAAUUUCUUUUUGAUACUACAUGAUUUGUGGUUUAAAGCUUGUUUCUUUGAUUCUUCAACACCAUAAUUACCUUCAAAUCAUCAUUCCACACAGCUGGUUUAUAUUUUUUUAGAUAUUUUUUUGAGAGAUUUACAGAUUUUCUGAUUUUCUAGGGUUUUCUUGCUCUUUCCCCCAAAUUUUCCUUUAAACCUAAGUUUCUACAAUUGCCUCAAUUCCUCUCUGUUUGUGUCUGUAUCUUAGAUUGUUAGAUUUCUGGGUCCCUUUCUUGUUCUUUUCUUUCCGUUAAUGGUGUGAAAAGCUUAAAGCUUCUCUCUCUCUCUCUCUCUCUCUCUGCUGUAUCAACAAUGGCUGAGAUCAAGAUUGCAAAAGUAGAACAGGGGCAAACCAAGAUUAGGAACGUUCCAGUAGCUGUGACUCCUGAAGGUUUCUGGUGUUGUCCUUCUCCUGUAGCUUUUCAAAAGACUCUUAAAUCUCACAACGCGCUCAACAAACACAAACAAUCUUCUCCUCCCCCUCCUUCACUUCCUAAACCCAGACAGACGUCGGAAAAGGAGAAGGAGAAGGAGAAGAAACAGUCGUCGACAACUAUUAGAUCCGUCAUCGCCUCCGACGAGCAGCAGCAGAAUUCGGGUAACUCAGAGACCCAUCACAGUAUUGCUGUUCCGGCGACGGUUCAAGAGAGGCCGCAGAGGCAAAAGGUUGAGACUUUGCCGAGGAAAGUAGCGAUUGAGUUCGGUGAACCGGGAAGUAGUGAUGCCAAAGUGAUUCUGGUAGGGAAGCAAGGCUUCUGCGUGAAGCUGAUUGUUCACAAGAAGGUUUUGGUGGAUCAUAGUAGUUUCUUCGCUAAGAAACUCGCCGAGAAAGAUUCGGUUUUUGCUUGUCUUGAGAUUGAGAGCUGUGAGGAUGCUGAGAUUUACGUUGAGACCAUUCGGCUUAUGUAUUGUAAAGACAUGAAGCAGCGGCUAACGAAACAGAACGUAAGCAGAGUCCUCGGCGUCCUCAAGGUUGCAGAGCUUCUUGGUUUCAGCUCUUGUAUUCAAUCUUGUUUGGAUUACUUGGAAGCUGUGCCUUGGGUUGGGGAAGAAGAAGAGGAGAAAGUGAUCGCAUCGAUUCUCAGAUUGAAAACCGAAGGAGCUGGUGUCAUCACUCCUGUUCUCAAACGAGUUUCAUCCAAUGCUGUGGAUCCGCCGAAAGAGACGCUCUCGCGAAUCAUCGAGCUUGUUCUGAGAAGCAAAGAGGAGAAGAGCCGCCGUGAGAUGAAAUCUAUCGUCUUGAAGCUUCUCAGGGAACAGAAUGGGAACAACGUAGCUGAUAACUUCAACGAAACCAUCUACGCCUCUUGCCAAAACUGCUUGGACUCGGUCUUGUCUCUGUUCAAACAAGCUUCAGACGGAGAAAAGCCUGAGACCGAUACCAAACAGAUAGCUGUAGAAGCUGAUAACCUCACGUGGCUGCUCGAUGUGCUAGUGGAAAGACAAGCUGCAGAUGAAUUCUCAGUCACGUGGGGAAACCAAAAGGAGCUGGCUUUGUUACACGAGAAGCUUCCUUUGAUGUCUCGUUACCACAUAAGCCGUGUAACAUCUCGGCUCUUCGUAGGGAUAGGGAGAGGAGAGUUGUUGCCUUCGAAAGACACUCGGCUUCUGCUGUUGACCACGUGGCUGCAGCCACUGUUCAGCGACUAUAACUGGCUCCAACACGGUUGCAGAUCGUUCGAUGGUAAGCUUGUGGAGGAAGGAAUCGGACGGACGAUACUGACGUUGCCGUUGGAAGAUCAGCAGAGCAUUUUGAUGUCGUGGCUCGGGAGUUUCUUGAACGGAGGAGAUGGAUGUCCGAAUCUUCAGAGAGCGUUUGAGGUUUGGUGGAGACGAUCUUUCGUUAAGCCAUACUCAGAUCGUCAGGCUAGUAAUAGUUUGUGUCAGACAGAUUCGACUUCAAAAGAGUGAUUUUACAUAUAAAAAGGGAAUGAGUUCAUCUUUGGUAGAUUGUAUAGUGAGUAAUGUAAGCUAAGGAGUUGGCUGAUCUUUGAUUUCCGGUUUGGUUGGUUUUGUUUUUGUUUGGUUUAGAUUGUACCAUAGAGAGGCAAAUGCUUUAAAAAGACUUUGAGUGGUCGAUUUUUUUUCUUGGUGUUUUUGUAUUUUUCAAAUUUUCAUAAUGUUGGAUGUAUAUCUCUGAUUUGGUUUCUAUACCAAUUUUAAUGUUUGGUAUGAACCGGUUUCUGAAUACCAUAAAUUGG